AUGUGCCUUAUCCCUGAUUUUUUCACUCCAUUGACACCCUCAAGGCGCCUGGGGAGUGCAAGCGUUUACUCGUCUGCACCUGCCGGUCAGGUGUACGCCCAGCUCCACAGGCACCACAGUGCCAAGGGCCACUAUGAUGUCGCGAUCAGGCGUGUCGAGCAGCUAUGGGGAAGGCAAUGGCGAUGCGAUGUCCUGAAGGUGUCGGUCAAGCAUGUGACCGAGGUCUGGAAGAAGGACAGAAUGGUUCUGGAGACUCUAUAUCCCACCGCAGUCUGUCAAUACUUCUACGCGCGGCUCGAUUUGGCGACAAUGAAAAAAAUCUUCAAGUGCAUCGGCACUGAAGUUGAUCUAAACGAUAUCUUCAACUCGCCGGCUGCCGAGUUGUACUCGACGUUCUACUGCAACAUAUGCGAUUACGUCCUGCAACAUUGUGUGAAGCCCGGCAGUAACCGCACCAAGCACGACGACGACCAGCUUUACGAUAGUUGCCGUCUCAUUGCCCGCGAGGAGAAGUUUGAUCACCUGGACGUGGACGAUAUCCCGGUUCUUCCAAUGAAGCCAUUCAGUCCUGUUCAUUCCCACAGUAAGCGUGUCCACGGUUCAAGAGGUGGCGAGGAAGAGAUGGGAGAGAUGGAUCCUCGAGAGGAAGAGGAGGAGGAGGAUAGGCGGGAAGGGGAGGAGGGUGAUCAGCCCACCUCCGUCACUCUCGACAGCCCACCUCCUCGACAGCCCACCUCCGUCGCCCAUGAGUCGAGCACGUCCACCACCUCUCUACAAUUGACCCUCGACAGCCCACCUCCUUGGGCCUGCCUCUAUCACCCGCGAGUCGAGCACCUCUACCUCGAGGACCUUCAUCCCACACACCUCCAUCCCAAGCACCUCCAUCCCGAGUACGAUUGA